AGCCUUUCCAGGGUCCAGUCAACGUCGUUGUCAUCCCCGCGUUGGGAAAACUGUUCGUUCGUCGGGUCGUCUACGGUCCAUCCAUCAUCUCUAGGCGCUCACUUUAACGCUCAACCCGUUGUCAGGUCCUCAAUCGCUUCGGUAUUUUCAUUCUAGCUUCUGUGCCUCCGGUCCAUCCCUCCCGUCCGCUCCACUCCUGUGGCCCGGCACAUGCAAACGAGCCAGCAACGCCAAGGCGUGCGACCGCCGCUCGCCGCCGCUGAUGCUGGACACCAUCUCAGACGGAUUUGGUUCGAUGAUUAUGGGGUCUUGUUCUUCAUUUCUUUUUCCGUCCUCGUGCAAUCGACAAUGCAGCGCUGCUCUCUACCUUACCUUAAUCUUCUCCGUCAACCGAAGCGCAUUUCCCACUCUUGUCUGUAUGUACAUACAACCCUUCAUUGCACCACAUCAUCCACUCGCCCACUCAAGAAGUUCCUCCAUUCACCAAAGGACCACUUACACCACCUAUGUACGGAUACAAAGUACCUUGGACAUGAACUUGGCAUGGGUUCCAGUCUGCGAGACCCAGACCAAGACCCAGGACCCAGACCCUCCCAGGGGAUCCCUUACUAGCGAGCCCAUCUCUGGAGUCAGCCCGUUGCGACUCUGUCCCUGGCCCCAACCCCUGGAUGUGGAAAGGCGUCCGUUGUGGAUGGCUUCUUGCUUUGAGCCGAGCUGGCGCUUCGCUCUUUGCGCCCACGAGUCAGCAUUAGACGGGAAAAAAAGUUCUGACCACACCCAAAAAAUACCCCGCGCAGUUUCGCACCCGCAUCCCACUUUUACACCGGGCUUUUAUUCAAGCCGUCUCAAAAUCGAAAAGUAACGCCCUCAAGCCCCUGCUCUUCCCGCUCAGCUGCAUUGUCACUGGCACAUUGAUCGACCCAUUCGCUCGUCAAAUAAUACCCCCAGCCG